AUGGAAUUUGUAGUUGGUGAAAUGGAGGAAAAAGAAUUGGAGUUGUCUCCCGAAAAAAAGACACUUCUCGAAAAUUCUGAUCAAAUUAGGUCCAGUGUAACGUCAGACGCUUCAGCUGCAGAAGACACUAAUUCCUUGAAUCAACAAAACGCAAGAACGCAUGAAAAAACAAUGCUAAUUCAUGAGGAGCUCAUACGAGACAGUAUCGCUCAAACCGAAGUAGAUUCGCUAUUGCUGGAAAACAAUGACCAAAGAGAGUGUCACUUGAUACAGGAAAAUAACAUUGAUACAAUUAUGAAGAAUUCCACUUCUUUAAAUAAUUUCUCGAACGAGUUUCUAAUAUGUCAAACGUCUGUUGAUACAAUUCUUCCACAAGAAAAGUCUCUCUGGAAAUCAUCUUCCUGUAAUGAUGUAAGAUCAUCAUCAUCAACAUUAGGUGAUACACUCUUGAGUGUACCUUCAGAUGUGAUUUCCAAUCAUGAUCUAAGGUCUACAUCACCAAAUACAAUGUAUAAUGACGAAGAAAAAACAAUUUUUAAUAAUAAUAAAUUGCACACGGAGAAUCAUGAAACAUCUUUGAGGGUUAUUGUAGACACACAAAAAAACUGUAAAAUUAAAAAUAAUAUUGGAAGAAUGAAAGAUGAAGUAUGUCAUUCUAAUACAGAUGAAAACUUAACAAUAAAUAAUGAUCAAACCCGAACAAAUGUAGUUAAAUGCGAAAGAGAGUCUAAUAAAGAACAAAAACCAUGUGAAAUUAUUAAGAGUACCAAGCCACAGAGCAAUAUCAUAUCUAGACCAACUUUAAUCGAUGAUAGUAAAUUGGUAAAAAUUUCACUGCCAACUAAUCCAAUUAACAUAAUGCAAUCAAAUGCUCAGUUUUUAAACAAAAGUCGCAACUUUUUAAACUUUAUCACAGAAAAAUCGACAAACAUAAUGGAAAGAGCAUUGUUGCCACAGCAUUUAACAAUGAGGUAUAAUUCAGUAUUGAAAUCUGCAGAUAAUACUUGUAACGAGAAAAGAUAUACACAGGUAUCUUCUGGUAUGGAAUUCUCUUCGACAGGAUCAGUAUUUAAUAACUCAGAAUCAUUGACGGAAGCAAAAAAUAUUUCUCAUGUAGUGAAAGAUGAAGCAGAUGUUCAAAUUACAGAAAAUGAAUAUAUAAAAAAUGAUGAAAAUAAGAAUACUUUUAUGUACUUAGUUACAAAUGAUGAUACCUUUGAUAAAAGUGAUGAUAUUGAUCAUUCUCUUAAAUUGAGAGAUUCAGAACAAUCAGAAUUUUCUUCUAUAAAUAACGACAUUAGUAAAACAAAUGACAAUGUACUCUGUAUAAAAACAAGUAGGACUGAAAAUAUUAAUUCUAUCAUAUUAAAUACUGGAUACGAUGACACAGAUCAAAGUAUUGCUGGUAUCAUAUGUCAAAGAAAAGAAGAAAAUAUUGACCUUGAAAAUUCGAAACAAAAUUUAUUGCAGCAUCCAGCUUAUCUUACUUUAUUGAAAGAUUAUGCGGAUUUGAAAUCUAAGCAUUUGAAGUUACAAGAAAAAGUCGAACACUUGGAAGAGAAGAAUCGAAUUUUAGAAGCACAAAACAAAGGAGAAAUCUCCUCUGUACAGAUAGAAACAUUCGAAAAGACAAUAAACAGACUCACCUUUGAAUUACAUACAUCGUUAGAAGCACAGGAAAUGUAUAAAAAGGAGUACAAUGCUGCAAAUAAAGAAAGGGAAAGCAUGGUGAUGAAAUACGCAGUUAGUGAAAAGCAACUUAUUGAUACACAGAGAGCAAGGGAAUUUGCAGAACGUAAGAUAAAAGAAAUGACAACCCAACAAGAGGCGCUUCAAAGUAAAUUACGGGAAAUGCAAGGAGAACGAGCUAGAAUAUGUAACAUUCUGACCGGGAAACAUCGCGAAGUAACUGAUCUCCAGAGAGAAGUUGAAAAAUUGAAGGAAGAUGUAAAGAUGAGGGAUAUAAAAUUACAAUGGACUCAGAACAAACUUAAGACAGAAAUGGAUUUGCAGAAGGAAACUCAACAAAAAUUAGAUAAAACUACAAUCAGAAUUAACGAAAUGAAAGAAGAAUGUGAACAGGUCCGCAAGGAAACACAAGAAACAAUGCGAAAAUUUCAACAGUCGGAGGAGAACAAAGCAGUUACAUUAGAUCAACAAUUAAAAGAACAACAGGCACGUUUAAUUCUGGAAAGACAUGUCACGGAGGAUAAAGAAAUGUUGAGGGUUCAGUUACAAAAGGAAGUAGAUACGUUGAAGCAUAGACAGCAAGUUUUAAUUGAAGAAAAUAACACGCUUAGUUUAAAGAUACAAGAUGCCGAAAAAUGUCGGUUAAAUUAUGAAAGUAAUUUGAGUAACUUAAAGAUUAUAGUAGAUCAGCGUCAGAAAGAAAUUACAGAAUUGCUAAGUAAAGUAUCUGAAUUAGAAACGUUGAAGAUUCAGCUUCAACACAAAAAUCAAUACUUAACAUCAACCGAAGUAGAAAUCCAACAUUUACGUUUGGCUAAUGAAGAAUUGCAGGCUGAUAUGUCUGCCUGUCGUCAAAAAGAAGCAGAAAUGCUGGACUUCACGCAAAAAUUGACUGAUAAAAAUGUACGAUUACAAUCGGAAUUUACGGCUAUUGAAGCCAAAGUAAAACAGUUAGAACAGGAAAAUGGACCGUUGCAUCAACGUAUAAAUGAAUUAAUUGAUAAAGUGAAAGCGUUGGAAGAAAGUUUUGCCGAAGAAAGGAAAGCGAGAAUCGAAGAAUGUGAAGUUUUAGCCAAACGUCUUGCUGAACAAACACAAGUAGCGCAAAAUCUUGCUCAAGAGUUAGAAGAUAGUCAAGGAGAAAAUGCAGUAUUAAAAAGAAAACAGCAACUAAAUAUGAAGGAAAUGACGCGUGAGCUUCAGCAAUGUCGGAAAAAAUUAGAAGCAUUUGAAACAUCAGUACCUUAUAAUUCAUUAAGUGUUACAUCUAGGACUGAAUCAAAUAUUUCAUUAAAUACAGUUGCUUUAAAUGGUGCCUUAUCCGAUAAUAGUAUCAAUGGUGACCAAAGUAUUCGGCCUACAGAGCCUAGUAAACAAUUGUUAAUAGAUCGUAUUAUAAAGUUACAAGAGAGUAAUGCUAAGAAAGCCGAGAAACUAGAUUUCUUUGAGGAACACGCUCGAAUUUUGCUUGAGGAGUUGCAGAAGAAAAAGAAAAUCAUACAAACUUAUAUUUUGCAUGAAAAUAUUGGUGCUAUGGGUGGCAGUGAGAGAGAUAAAUAUAAGGCUGAGUUAGCAAGACAUGGAGGAAUAAUGGCCUCUGUCUACAAUCAACGAGUCUCUGACGAUAACAUGACUCUUGAAUUAUCACUAGAAAUAAAUCAAAAACUCCAAGCUGUUCUCGAGGAUGCGUUAUUCAAGAAUAUUACUCUAAAGGUAAAUAUAAAACUAUUGGUCUACUACAUCUGAAACAUAUGAUAAAAUUAUUAUUCUAACUUGUUGUUGUAUUUUUAGGAUAAUAUCGAUACUCUUGGCGAGGAAAUAGCAAGAUUGACGAUGCAGAAUCAACAAAGGCAAAAUACAAAUUAA